CAGAUCAUUGAUUGACUAACCUAUGAAAUCGCGUGCUCAACAAACAAUAUGGUCUCGACGUAAUGUUAUAGAUUUAGUUAAACGUUAAUAGAUAAAAAUUACUGUGCUAGGUUGCGGAAGAAGCCAAUAUUCAAGAAAGUUAAAGGAAAAUAUUUCGACGAAAACCGGGUAUACAAAAUUUGAACCGCGGCGUCUCGGAUCGUGAUUCGCUCCGACCGACUAACGCAAAUGACAGUUAUGAUUUGUGUGACAACGUAAAAUGUUAUUACUGAGGAAUUUCCCGUUUGUGCAAUGGGUUCCGAUCUUGAUUUUCACCGUCGUGUUAAUUUAUCAACGGCUGGAAAUUGCCGAACUGAAGGAGAAAUGUCUACACGAUGCCGCACAAAACGUAGAAGUACGAAAUGACGCUAAAAAUGGCAUACGCGCUGAAGCGCGAAAUGACGAGGAUGCUCUGGAAGACAUGGUCGUGAUAUACAAUAGAGUACCCAAGACUGCCUCUACUAGUUUUGUAGGAUUAGUUUACGACUUGUGCAAGCAAAACAAAUAUCAUGUUUUGCAUAUUAACGUGACCAACAAUAUGCACACCCUUACUCUCACUAACCAGGUUCAAUUUGCAAAUAAUAUAUCAAAUUGGAACGCUAUAAAACCAGCAUUUUAUCAUGGACACAUGGCGUUUCUAAAUUUUGAGAAAUUUGGUAUUAAACGUACACCUUUAUAUAUAAAUUUAUUAAGAAAACCUUUGGAUAGAUUUGUAUCAUAUUAUUACUUCUUACGAUAUGGAGAUAAUUUUAGACCUCAUCUUAUAAGAAAAAAGCAUGGAGAUACAAAGACAUUUGACGAGUGCAUAAAUAUUGGUCAACCUGACUGUGAUCCUAAUAAUAUGUGGUUACAAAUUCCAUUUUUGUGCGGUCACGAUCCAGCUUGUUGGGAAGUUGGUAAUAGCUGGGCGUUAGAGGAAGCCAAACGAAAUCUGCAAAAGCAUUAUUUCUUAGUUGGAGUAACAGAGGAGUUAAAUGAUUUUGUGGAAGUAUUGGAAAAUGUAUUACCACGCUUUUUUAAAGGAGCAUACAACUUCUUUUUACACAACAACAAGUCACACUUACGACAAACUACUCAAAAACUCAAUCCAUUGCCUGAGACAAUAGAGAAGAUUCAAGAAUCGGUUGUGUGGAAAAUGGAAAAUGAAUUGUAUAAUUUUGCUUUAGAACAUUUUCAUGCAGUGAAAAAACGACUCAUAAAUGCUUCCCUUCAAGAUGCAAAUCAGCGCUUUAUGUAUGAAAAAAUACGGCCAAAAUAAAAAAAAAUCUACUUUUUUACACAAAACUUUACUCAAAAACUAA